AUGGAAGUCGAUUUGACGGAAACUGAUCGAGUGCUUGUUCAAUUCGCAAAAAGCUUGGAAGAUUUCAAAAUCCGGGCUUUACGCGACCCAUCAACGGACAUUUUAAGUGUUGCAGCAGAUUAUAGAUCUUUGGCAGGUCAAGCCGCAUUGACAUUGGUAGAAAAGUCAUCAGUACAUGAUAAAGAACAAUUUGAAAACUGGGAACUUGAAGCUAAACUUUGGCAUUUAGUUGAUCUGCUUUUCAGAUACCGAGUAGCCGAUAUAAAUGUCGAUGAAGUGGUACCACACGCUUACAGCUCUAAUGCAGUUUUCAAAAAAAAGUUUUUGCUAGAAAAUCGGCCUCUUUAUGAGAUAUGGAUCAUAAUUGCUUGGAUCCGAGCCAAUAUGGUUUCACCAGAAAGACCCGAGGGAAUGCCGUCUUCACAAUGGUCAAAUACGGUCAUGUCCGGCGGAUUAAUGAGUUUUGACCUCGAUUAUCCUCUCCGGGACCCCAAUGCACAAAUAAGCCCGGAGGACAGGAAAUCAGGAACCAUUUUCCAUCGAUUCGUCUAUGAACUGCUAUUGAAAGGUGAAUUUGACGAAGUGCGGAAAGAAUGCGAAAAUGCUGAAAACAUGACUUUGGGAAUGAUCAUAUGCGGCCUGGAAGAUUACAUCAAUCCAACCGUAGACGUGGAGUUAGACGAAAAAGUGCAGGUACAAGAAGGUAUCAACAAGAAAGCCCUUUGGAGGAGAGCCGUUUACGCAUUAGCGCAAAAUCCUGGAUUGGACAUUUACGAAAGGGCCAUUUAUUUCUUCUUGGCGGGUGUCAACUGUUCGGAAUUGAGGUUGACUGAUACCACAUGGGAAAGCGAUUUUUUAACAUAUCUCAAUGAAAUAUGGGAAAUCAACAUUGAGAACUUUUUAAUAGAAGAAGGCCGCAUUGAUUCAAAGGAUUUGAUCAUACCAAUGCCGUCAGAUCCUAUAACGUUACAGAAUGCCCUCGAUUUAAUCUCUUCGAAACAUCCGUUAGCGGGUCAACACCCAAUCAGAGUUUUGAUUGGUUCAGUCAUCUUGAACAAUCUUCCUUCUGUGAUUAGCUCAUCAACGGAAAUGCUUGUAAACAUUGUUCAAGGCGAAGAAUCUAGUAACGACCUUUUUCAAGAGCCAUACCUCCUGAGGGUUGUGGUCCAUUUAGUAAUAGUAACAGACGUUCUGUUUCCAGGGUUAGUGGACGCUGACGACAAAUCAAGGCUUCUUACUGCGUACGUCUCCAUCCUUUCAUUCCACAGGCUUUAUGAUGCGGUUCCGGUCUACAUCAGUUUUCUAAACAGCUCAGAUGUCCUUGAUGCGUACUCCUACUUCCUUUCGAACCUGAUAGAUCCUGCCGUCAGGCAAAGGCAGCUUGAUCUAAGUAAAUCGCUGCAUUUGCCCACAGCUAAUAUUCUCAAAAGAACGGCUCAGAGAAUUUUCGAUGAUACUGAAAAAGAUUACAUCCCAACGGCAUCAAUUAAAAUAGAAGAUGAAUUAACUGACGCCGACCGAAAGUUAAUUAUGGCGUCUGCGUGGCUUUUUCUAGGGGAUUUGCAAUCAGACGGUAUUGAUUCACUUAUUGCGACGUCUCGACGUUUUCUGAUCAAUGGUAAGGUAAAAGCUAUCGAAGUGAUGUAUCAAGAGGUAGAUUUGAGCAAAAUCAUAAACAGAGCUGGGAUAGACACCUUGAUCAAUGAUAAGGGCGCUGAGAAUAACCGCGUCGUCCAGGAGCUCCAAAAUUAUGAGGCCUUAACUCGUGCUCUCCAAGAAUAUCAAGGCUGGAAAAGUUUAUUGAGCGAUCAGAAAGAGCGAGCUAAUGUCACGACUCAUGUGCGAACGCUCAAAAAUCUUUCGGCCACCUUUUACAAACUCGCACGUCAUUUCUUGGUGGAGCUUACCGAAAGCGAUAUUGUACCAGACAAGGAUGUAUUAUACGAAAUUCGCGCUCUAUACACACCAUAUCUGCUGUUAGAACUACACGGUGCGCUGGUGACGGCAUCAAAAAUUCUCAACAUUCAGAGCUUUAUCACCGAGGCCCUUUCGUUGACUAAGUUUGUGGCGAACGAAACAGAUCGCAUAUAUUUACUGUUUCAGUCUAGUGGCAGGCUAGAAGAAUACUUGCAAUUGGUGGCGAGGACGGCGAGCAUGGUAAAGAAUACGAGGUAA